AUGGCCCCAACGACGGGCUCGUCCUCUCUCAACAACGGCACCGCCACGCAGCCAAAGAAAGUCGCUUACUUUUACGAUUCCGACGUAGGGAACUAUGCAUAUGUUGCAGGUCAUCCCAUGAAGCCCCAUCGCAUACGCAUGGCGCAUAGCUUGAUUAUGAACUAUGGCCUCUACACAAAGAUGGAAAUUUAUGUAGAGGCGCAGCGCGCAAAACCAGCCUCAAAAUACGAGAUGACGCAGUUCCACACCGACGAGUACAUCGAAUUCCUGCACAAAGUGACACCAGACAACAUGGAGCAGUUCACGCGCGAACAAAGCAAGUACAAUGUCGGAGACGACUGUCCUGUUUUCGACGGCCUGUUUGAGUUCUGUGGCAUCAGCGCGGGCGGAACCAUGGAAGGUGCCGCCCGCCUGAACCGAGGCAAAUGUGAUGUCGCUGUCAACUGGGCCGGUGGUUUGCAUCACGCAAAGAAGAGCGAGGCCAGUGGUUUCUGCUAUGUCAACGACAUUGUUCUGGGUAUUAUCGAGCUGCUUCGCUACAAGCAGCGCGUGCUCUACAUUGACAUUGAUGUCCAUCACGGAGACGGCGUCGAGGAGGCUUUCUACACGACCGAUCGCGUCAUGACUGUCUCAUUCCACAAGUACGGCGAGUACUUUCCCGGUACUGGUGAACUACGCGACAUUGGUGUCGGAAGCGGCAAAAACUAUUCGGUCAACUUUCCCCUGCGAGACGGCAUCACCGACGAAACAUACAGGAACAUCUUUGAGCCUGUCAUUCAAGCCGUCAUGGACUACUAUGGCCCCGAAGCCAUUGUGCUUCAAUGCGGUGGUGACAGUCUCUCGGGAGACAGGCUCGGUUGCUUCAAUUUGAGCAUGGACGGCCACGCCAAUUGUGUCAAAUACGUCAAGAGCUUCGGCGUCCCCGUUAUUGUUCUGGGAGGUGGUGGAUACACCAUGAGGAAUGUCGCACGAACCUGGGCAUACGAAACAGGAGAGUUGGUUGGCGAGAAGAUGGCAAAGCAGCUGCCCUUCAACGACUACUACGAAUACUUUGCUCCCGACUAUGAGCUAGAUGUCCGGCCAUCGAAUAUGGAAAACGCAAACUCUCAUGAUUACCUGCACAAGAUCAAGUCGGCCGUCAUUGAAAACAUCCGACGAACAGGAAAGCCAUCGGUCGAGGCGUUUACGAACAUCCCGAACAACCCUAUAGCGGCAGCGACGCGCAUGAUGGAUUCCGAUGCCGAAGACGAAGAUGACGAUCUCGAUGCGGAUGAGAACAAGGACGUCCGAAUGACUCAACGUCAGCGCGAUAAGCAAAUCGAACAUGAGGGCGAAUUGUACGAUGCAAGCGACGACGAGGACUACAAGAACAGCUUGGGAGUACGUGCCCAGCCUGGCACGAAGAAGAGACGGCAUAUCACCGACUACCCCAAUCCCCACGCCGCCCCGGCCGACGAGAUGGACGGUCUAGAAGAGCUCAAUGGCGAGAGUGCCGUAUCCACCCGCCAGCCAUCCGCCGCCGCCGACUCGCGCACACAAACCCCCACUGCCGGCGAGCAAGAAGCAGACGAAGACGGCGACAUCGACAUGGACGUACCACCCGCCACCACUGCCGCCGCCACUGCCGGCUCAACACGCUCUCAAUCCCCCGCUGGUGUCGUAACCCCACCUGAAUCACCCCCCACGGCCACGACAACCACCGCAAUGGCACCCACUUCCGCCCCAACCGCCGACGUGGAAAUGGACGACAACGACGAUGACAAGGAAAAACCCGCCGCUGAAAAAGAAGAAGGCCAAGCUGAGCGAGACACUGAAAAUGUAAACGGCGAAGUCCGGACAGAGGUCGCAAAAGACUAA